UGUAGGUAAGUUGCGCGCGUUAUAUUGAUUAGGCGACGCCGCAGUGAGCUAUUGAUCAGGGGUAGUGCGCGCGAGUCCCAGCAAUACAGCAUCAGGUUCAGUAGAAAUGUAGUUGCCUAAAACGGCGCGCUAAAAUGCCGAAAAAGAAACCAACACCUAUCGAGGAUCUCAUUAUCCCGCCACAGGAUAAUCGAAUAUGUGGUACGAUUUGUCUUUGCCAAAUGACUCUAGUUUUGAGCAGUGUGGCGAUUGUGUAUCUCACGGUCGCCGUUUAUGUUCCGUUUACCAAAGCGUUUCAAUCGGGAAUUAUGGAACAACCGGUCAUGUGUACCACGACUCGAAAUAUUUCGGUGGAAACUUGCGAUUGGGGUUCCUGUGGGGAAUGGUGUCUUAGCAAAACUUCAGGUUCGUGUGUACAAAUUUACGUAAACCUUCGACAGAAUGGCUCAACGAUUUUAUUGGUCGAUUGCACCAGCACCGCCAAUAAGACCUGCUUUGGUAUCGACCACGAUAGCGCACCAACAAGCCGUUGCAUAGCAGACCAAUGUAGAAAUUUAACUGGCACCUUCAACUGUACCAAAGGUACUUGCAUAAAUAUAACGGACGCUUUCGAGUGCAUUUUCAAAGACACCGAUACACCUCUCAAGUGUUCAGGGCGAAGAGGCAAAAUUACCUGUAUCGAACUCGACGGGUUGUACAAUUGUAAUAGGGGCACGUGCGAAAAAAUUAGGACGCCCUAUAAUUGUGAUCGACGAUGUGUUGACAUUCCCACGCGGAACAAAAAUGUUAUUGUUUUGAGUGGGGAUAAAGUGUAUACGUCACAAUGCAAUCGAGCUCUAGAUAUGGAUACUGGAGAAGAAGUUUGGAAUGAGACUCAAAAUCAAGUUAUGAUGGUGUCGUGCUAUAACAUAGAUAACACAAGUCAAGGAGUUGUCGCUAUCGAUUGUGUAAACGGUUCCCUGAUGGCUAAUAAUAUAUUAGGUGACCUCACCAAUUUCACGUACCUCAGUUACCUCAGCUUAUUCAACGUUGAACCUUUGCACAAGGAGAGGCGCGUUGCACCUCCAGAAUCGGACCUGCUAAUUGCCAACGAUAGUAAACUUUUAAUUAAUUUGGAGGGCUGUGUAAAUACCUUACAAGAUGAAUGCAAAGACUUCUUAAAAGUUUACGGUAAAGAUGGCACGGACCAUAACGCUCGCGCGCGCUUCCCCUGUUUCUUCGCAGCCGACAAUGUAGGAGUUACAGUAGCGCGAUUCAAUUUAGCAACAACAACUCGUCAGUUUCUAAUUGCGUUCAUUUUACCAUCGAUUUUGUUUAUAAUUUCGUGUCUAACCUUAAUAUUUUGUCAGCGUACUGUAGUUGUAGGAGAUGACGCCAAGAUGAGAUUUCAGGGUUGCAACGCUCCAGAGGGUACAACGGAGAAGAGCAUGUCUAAUAACAACAUGGCAGAUCGAGCUGGUGGAGAUUCCAUAAUGGCACUAUAAAUCAUACAUAGAAAUCCUAUUGAACGCUGUUGGAAAUUCUUCUUUUGGGAAGGGUGCCCUUAUCUAUAAAGAAUUGCACAAGUAAAUACGUUGCACUUUCGUAAAUCCGCUUGUUUAGAAUGACGUUAAAACAAGUUACGCUCAUCUCUCUC